GUUGACUCUAAAAAAAACCUGUGGGAACAAGGAUCCUUUCCCCUAAUCAUCAAGAAUCUCAAGGUGGAAGACUCAGGCACUUACUUCUGUAAAGUGGAGGACAAAAAGAAGGAGGUGGAAUUGCUGGUGUUCGGAUUGACUGCCAAGCCAGACAACUGCUUGCUGCAGGGGGAGAGCCUAACCCUGACCUUGGAGAGCCCCCGAGGUAGCAAUCCCUCAGUGCAGUGUAAGAGUCCAGGCAAUAAAAAGAUAAAUGGGGUCAGUGUCCUCUCAGUGUCUGCACUGGGGCCCCAGGAUAGUGGCUUCUGGACGUGCACUGUCACCCAGGACCAGAAGACACUGGAGUUCAAGAUAAACAUCAAGGUGCUGGCUUUCCAGGGGGCCUCAAGCGCCAUUUAUAAGAAAGAGGGGGAGCAGGUGGAGUUCUCCUUCCCCCUCACCUUCAAGGAGGAAAGGCUGGAGGGUGAGCUGAGGUGGCAGGCAGAGAAGGCUUCUUCCUCUAAGCCCUGGGUCACCUUCUUCUUGGAGAACAAUAAGGUGUCUGUGAAAUGGAUUACCCAGGACCCCAAGCUCCAGAUGGAGGAGACACUCCCACUCCGCUUCACCCUGCCCCAGGCCUUGCCUCAGUAUGCUGGUUCUGGAAACCUGACCCUGGUUAUUACCAGCAGAAAGCUGCAGCAGGAAGUGAAGCUCGUGGUGAUGAGAGUGACUCAGCUUCAUAACAAUUUGACCUGUGAGGUGCUGGGACCUACCUCCCCUGAGAUGAUACUGAGCUUGAAGCAAGAGAACCAGAACCCAAAGGUCUCAAAGAAGGACAAGGCUGUGUGGGUGCCAGCCCCUGAGGCAGGGAUGUGGCAAUGUCUACUGAGUGACGGAGACCAGGUCCUACUGGAAUCCAAGGAGGAGGUUUUGCCUUCACAGUUCCCCCAGAUCCAGUCAAUACUCCCAAUAGUGCUUGGGGGCACUGCAGGCCUGCUUUUCAUUGGCUUCCUCGGCAUCUUCUGUGUGUGCUGUGUCAGGCACCGAAGGCGCCAGACAGAGCGGAAGUCUCAGAUCAAGAGACUCCUAAGUGAGAAGAAGACCUGCCAGUGUGUCCACCGGUUCCAGAAGACACAUAACCUCAUUUGAGGCCCAGGGCCAGAGGCGCUGCCCACUCA